AUAAGAAAUAUUCUUUGGGCCAUCUCGUAAUUGUGAUGCGAUUACCUGUAAAUAAUUAUCCUUUCGGACAAUGAUUGUUUCUCAGGCUCUGACUGAACAUAGAUGUCGCAAAAUCACGUUAACACCCCCAAUUCAUCGAUGCUGGCACACAAACAAAGCAUUAGGCUCAUAGGGGUAAGUCCAGUCCUUUAAAAAUUUAACCCACGUCCCAUCCUCUCUCUCACUGGGGAAGCAUAUGGAGAGAGAAGACCAAAAGUUCUCUCUAACUUCAUCCUUGAUUCGGAUAUCCCGGAAAAAUGAUGAUUCUACACUGAGCAACAGACAGAGAUCAAGCAAUGAAAAUAAUAGAAGAAAGAAAAUUUUUGAGGAAUCGAAGAAACAGCUAUGGCUAGCAGGGCCUCUAGUAGCCGUGACUCUGUUACAGUAUUCUAUACAGAUGAUAUCACUGAUGUUCGUUGGUCAUCUUGGUGAGCUGGCUCUGUCUGGGGCGUCAAUGGCUACAUCCUUUGCAGCAGUUACUGGUUUCAGCUUGCUGUUGGGAAUGGCAACUGCACUGGAUACUCUUUGUGGACAGUCAUAUGGGGCAAAGCAGUAUCCUAUGCUGGGCAUACACAUGCAAAGAGCCAUGUUUAUUCUUGUAAUUGUGAGCAUACCCCUGGCUAUUAUAUGGGUAAACACAAGGCCUAUUCUAGUUCUUCUUGGUCAAGAUCAUGACAUAUCGAAGAAAGCAGGAGAGUAUGCUUGUUUGAUGGUUCCGAGCCUUUUUGCAUAUGGUCUUCUUCAAUGUCUAGUCAAAUUCUUGCAAACUCAAAACAUUGUUUUCCCAAUGAUGAUUUGCUCUGGAAUUACAACUUUACUGCACAUUCUUGUCUGUUGGAUCAUGGUUUUCAAAUCUGGCCUUGGAUUUGGAGGUGCUGCCUUGGCAAAUUCGAUCUCAAACUGGAUAAAUGUGUUCUUGUUGGUGUUUUAUGUUAAGUUCUCUCCUUCAUGUGCAAAGACUUGGGCAGGAUUCUCAAAGGAGGCCUUUCACAAUAUAUUCACUUUUCUUCGACUUGCUAUUCCAUCAGCUAUUAUGGUCUGCUUGGAAUUGUGGUCAUUUGAAAUGGUAGUUCUGCUAUCAGGUCUUCUUCCUAAUCCAGAGUUACAAACUUCAGUGCUCUCUAUUUGCCUUAACACUGCUUACACCGUUUGGAUGAUACCUGUUGGUCUCAGUAGUGCUGUAAGCACUCGAGUCUCAAAUGAAUUAGGAGCAGGAAAUCCAGAAGCAGCACGUUUUGCUGUAUGUUUUGUCAUAGUCAUGACCAUUUUCGAGGGCCUUUUGGUGGGAUCAAUCCUGAUAUUGAUUCGCAACAUUUGGGGCUAUGCUUAUAGCAAUGAAGUAGAAGUGGUUAAAUAUGUAGCAGCCAUGAUGCCAAUUCUAGCAACUUCAUGCUUUUUAGAUGGCCUCCAGAGUGUUCUCUCAGGCAUUGCUAGAGGAUGUGGAUGGCAGAAGAUUGGCGCGUAUAUCAAUCUUGGAUCUUAUUAUUUAGUGGGGGUUCCAUGUGCUAUUUUGUUAGCUUUCGUACUGGAUGUUGGUGGAAAGGGGCUCUGGCUGGGAAUCAUAUGCGCACUUGCUGUUCAAGUAACUUCUCUUAGUAUUAUUACAAUACAAACUAACUGGCAGGAAGAGGCAAGCAAAGCCAUGGAGAGAGUAUACGAAUAUGUGAUCCCAGUGGAAGUUGUGUCAUGAAGUAGAUUUUUAUCAUCUCAUCAAAGAAUAAACUUAAUUUUUCACCUAAAACAAUUGAAGGUGCUUUAGCCACAUACCUUGUACAGGUCUGUAGGGACUCAAUUCUGUUUGCAUAGUGAAUCUAUUUCAAGAAUGGCAGAAGUUGCUUUUCCAAGAAUGGGAUAACCUUCCUACUUAUAGGAAUUAAAAUGGGAACAUUCUUGUAAAGAUUUUUGCUAUAAAGUAUAAUCAAGUAGAAGUCAACUUCUUGAA